AUGUUGGAGCCAAGUCCAAAUGUGCACUUGGAGAAAGACGGCAGCUAUCUACCCGAAGUCUGGGCGUGGUAUGCGAUAGGCGUCUUCAUAAUUCUUCUUCGACUUGCGGUUCGUAUUCGCACCGUCGGAAUUCGAGGCUUCCGCGGCGAUGAUUAUUUGGCUUUGCCUUACCUCGCGUUGUACACCAUCAAUGUUUACAUUGCUCAAAUCUGCUAUUUCACAGGAGCAAAUAUCGACAUCACAGCGGAUGCGGUACCAUCGCUAUCGGACCACGAUGUGGCAGUCCUUCGGCUCGGAUCCAAGUUGGAGUUCAUGUCUUGGUAUACAUACCCAGGCUGUAUCUGGGUCUUGAAGUUCACCGUGUUGUUCUUCUACAAGCGUUUGACACUCGGAAUCUUGCGGAGGCGGACUCUAGUCGCGUUGUUCUGGGUUUGUGGGUUGUCGUAUAUCGUCAUGUGUCUAACUGUGACUUUCAGCUGCCAACCCUACUCCAACAACUGGCGGAUCCGACCUCUACCUGGCCCCGAGUGCACCUUUCGGCCACAAAACUUCUGGGUACUAGUAUGGCUCAACGUUGUGACGGACGCGGCACUACUUUCCAUCCCCGUACCGAUUCUCUGGCACCUCCGAGUGUCCCUCAGAAGAAAAGUCUGCGUCGGCAUCUUGCUUUCGUCUGGCGUCUUUGUCAUUUCGACCGCAAUCGUUCGAGCGAUAACGACGUUGGGCGGCGCACCGUCCGUCAUCAACAUCAACCGCUGGGGUUUCCGCGAGAUCGCCGUCGGACUCAUCACCGUCACCCUGCCGGUCCUGAGCCCGCUGUUCACGAGAGCGUUCUGGCGCCGCGGCCCGUACAUCCGAAACUACUACGAUCGGCUCCGCGGAGCAAGGACGUGUCCUAAUAAUGCCAGGUUUGGCAACUGGUUGGGGACGAUGAUCCUCAAGUACAUUGAUGAAGAAGAGGGAGAUGUUCUGCAGCGCCCUAGCGCGGCGAAGCAGUUGCAAGAGGCGGGGCAUCCAAGGGAGUUCGCCGAGCGAACAGCGUCUAAUAACAAUGGCAGCGAGGAAACCUAUGAGCUGGGAACGAGGAGCGUUGACACGAGUACAACAAGCUUGAAAGACAUUGGCACGCUAUGA